UUGUCUCUAUUUUUUAUUUGUCACAAGUUUUUGCAAAGCGUCAUUUUAAUAAAAGUUUGUCUUUCGAUUAAUAGAUAUCACAAUUCCUUAUUGCUUAAUUGGUUAUCUCCAAGGAUAUUUGGUAAUUUAUUAAACAGAAGUUUACACUAAUUCGAUAUUGAAACGCUGACGUCAUAUCGCAAUCAUUCUAUUGUGAAAAUGUCUGUUGUUGAAUACGAACUAUUGUGGAGUAAUAAACACAAAUGUGCUAAACUUGAAGCAGAUUGUGCGCAGUGAUAUCAGAGAAGAUUUAACGGUUAAAGAACAUAAUGGCGACUGUACAAAAUUUGGAUAACAAUAGGACCAUCCCUUUGAUGGAAAGAGAUAGCAUGAACAAUGAGGUGUCAUCUUCUAGUGACGAUUGUCAGAACGCGAUUGUCCAGUUCAAUAAUUUCUAUAAAGCAAGAUACAAAGAAUCGACUUCAGAUAAUGAAAUAGAUCAGAGAAAAACAAUCCAUCGCAGUCAUUAUAAAUCAAUGGGUAAUAUAAAUGAGAACUAUUCAAGAGAUUUUAGUAGGAAUGUACAAAAUAGUAUAAGUAAUGUAGAUUUAAGUUUACAUAGUACUGAGGUUAAAAAAUUCGAUACAUUACAAAUACCCAUAGUUGGGUAUGAAGUGAUGGAGGAAAGAGCAAGGUUUACUAUUUACAAGUUGAAAGUUGAAGAUGACAAAAGGGACCAAUCUUGGUUAGUUUUCCGAAGAUAUACAGAUUUCGUACGUUUAUAUACUAGAAUAAAAUCGGAAUUACCUAAUAUUUUGCUCCCUUUGCCUGGUAAAAGAUGGUUCCGUGAUAAUUUUGAACCGGCAUUCCUAGAAGAAAGAGUUCGUGGUUUACAAAUAUUUGUAAAUGCAGUACUUUUGAAAUUACCAAAUCAUCCGGUUGUGAGGGAGUUUUUCUGUUUGGAUGAACCUCCGCAAGUUUUUACUUACCAACCUGAAGUGCAGGCUGUUUAUGGUGCGUUGGAGGACUCAAUAAGUAGUUUAAAAGUUCAAUUAAAACAGAAAGAUGCGACAAUAAUGCAUCUACAACGACAGUUGGCGGAAUUAGAAAUAAAAACAAAGAAUUGUCCGAAUUGUCAAACUUAAAUAUUUCGUUUGUUACCUGACUUUUUUAUUUUUGAAGAAAUAAGAUGGUAAAUGAAUUAAUAGAAGUCAUGUUAGUAAUUUUUCUUUUACCUAAAUCUAGGUAAAAUUCUUUCAUAUAAUAUUUGAGAUUUUCAUUAAUUUACAAUAUGUAUUGGUUUUUUAAAUGCGGUAAUAACUUUUUGAAUGUCAUAGAGUAAUAAAACGGCAGUCAUACAUUAACAGAAAUGUUGGUUAUUUAAAAAAAAAUUUAGCUGUUAUAACUUUUACAAGAUUUGUCCUUGUAAUAAAUUGAAUAUUUAGGGCCU